CUGGUGUCUGUCAUAUGCGAAGAGAAACAGCACCGUCUGCGUUUGUUAUUCAAAUUUCUCCCCAGAGCAUCGCACCGAACCGAGAAAGACAUUUUAUUUUGAUGUUUUAGCUGAAUUAUAACCCAGACACAUUCAUGUUGAAGCUCGGGUUUAUUUUGUCGCGUUUGUAGCCCGCUUAGUGGCAGAACAUUGACAGUUUGCUCGCCUUCUCGUCACAUUGCGCUUGGAAACAUGAGUGCGGAUCUAUUGUCGGAUUUGGACUCUCGUUUCUUCGCGGAUAACCUCCUGACGAGCGAGGACUGGGAUGCCUGUUUGUACCAGUUUGAGCACAUGGAGGAGGGAGACGAGAGCCCGGCACUCCGAUACGACACAGAGUUUGAGCGUGACCUGGUGCUGACCCUUGACCCUGACAAUCGCACGUCGCCAUGGAGACACCUCGACGACAACCUCCUCACAGGUGAAGCUCCGGUGAUGAAGAGUCAGAUGACCAUCGCUCAGCCGCUGCCCGUCGACAUGUUGUUUCAGAUCAAAACAGAACCGCCCUCUCCCUCCUCCAGCCCUCAGUCCCAGUGUCCCUCACCGGAUCCACAGAUUCUAGUGAAAGGAGAGAACCCCCCGACUCCCCCGUACAUGUUUGGGGAUGUGCUGUCUCCUCCGCUGGGGUCACUAGAGGUCACUGUGGCCACGUCAGCUGUCAAUCAACCCACCUCAGCACAAACGCCAAUCCAAACUGCCCGACAGCCUGCCCUACAAACUGCCCUACAACCUGCCCUACAAACUGCCCUGCCUGCUCAGAUACAGGGGCAGAUCCAGGGGCAGAUCCAGGCGGUCAAUGCAGCGGUCACUCUGCACACCCAGAACACUGUCUUGUCCAGUUCGUCGGUGUCUAAAAGCAGAUGCAAGGUCCCUCUGCAGCCGCGCCCUGUGUGUGUGACCUCUGCCCCAGUGACCAGCUCCUCUCUGCAGACGCCCAGCCCUGGAGGCACCCUGCUGCUCCAGGGACUGACCCCCAUGGACCAAACACACCCAGUGGUGCUGUCUCCGUCCGUCUGUCUCUCCUCGGCUCCCGCCAUCGUCAAAGUGGAGCCGCUCUCUCCCAGCAUACCUCAGUGCUCCGCGGCCCCGCCCACCAGCAAACCCAUCGUCCCGGCGACCGCUAAUCUGCCCGGCAAUGGCAGCAACGACAUUGAUAUGAAGGUCCUGAAGCGGCAGCAGAGGAUGAUAAAGAACAGAGAGUCAGCCUGUCAGUCCAGGAGGAAGAAAAAAGAAUAUCUCCAAAACCUGGAGGCACAACUCCGAGAAGCUCAGCAGGAGAACGAGAGGCUGAGGAGAGAGAACCAGGAGCUGAGGGACAGGCUGGCCGGGAAAGAGGGCAGUGACUCGAUGAGUAACAAACGUGCCGUCUGUGUCAUGGCUCUGCUGCUGUUCAUGACCUUCAGCUUCGGACCUGUCAGUAUCACAGACAGGAAGUGGGCGGACCUCGGUGACAGUGCAGUUUCUUACACGGGAAGAAAACUGCUGGAAUUUGAACAACAGAAUCAAAAACAGAACCAAAAACCGACAAAUGUUCCACCAAAACGAACCGUGGAGCGAUCACAGGCGGAGGAGAAGGAGCGAUGGAGGACAGAGGAGGACAAGUUUAGCACUGAAACAUACCACUUCAGGAAUCUGAGUGAUGCGUUCACGGACGUGAAAGAUCUGGUUCUUCAGGACAUCGACAGGUUUUUCUCGUCUUCAGACUGUCGGCAGUUUAAUCGCUCCGAGUCGCUCAGGCUGGCGGACGAGCUGAGGGGCUGGGUUCACAGGCACCAGAUCGACAGGAAAAAGUCUGGAGACAAACCAAAGGCCGUGAAGAAGGCAAAGAUCGCUCAGAAAGCUCAGCUGAGGAAAGCCAACAUCUCCAGAUACCUGCCGAUCCAGUCUCACCGCUCCAUCGAGAGUCAGCUGCAGGUCCUGUCUGGUCCAGAGGUGACGUACAGUGACUUCCUGGACGCCAUCGACCGCAGAGAGGACACGUUCUAUGUGGUUUCUUUCAGACGAGACCACUUGUUGCUGCCGGCGAUCAGCCACAACAAAACCAGUCGGCCCAAAAUGUCCCUGGUGAUGCCCGCCAUGUCUGUGAACGAGAGCCUGUACAACGCGUCACAGGGCUAUGAGAUGAUGAUGCAGGUGGACUGCGAGGUCAUGGACACGCGCAUCGUCCCCAUAAAGUCGUCCGCCGUGCCACCCUCCCUCCGAGAGCCGCCGCCUCCCCGCUCCCCCCACGGCAACGCGCAGCAUCAGCCCCAUCACCACGGCAACCACACCUCGCACCACCACCAGCAACACCCGCAGCCCGCCGCCGCAGCCUCCUCCACCAAUCACAGGGCUCCGCUGCAGCGACGACGCCCGGUCGAGUUCCUCAUUGGCCAGUCAGAGGUGUGAGGAAUAAGAGGGGCGGGAUUAAGGUUUGGCAAUAACAGGACUUUAAAAAAAAAACUCCAUAGGAUUCUUUGUGUCAGAUGCCCUCCCGUCCUCCCGUAUCCCCAUGUGUCAGAUGCCCUCCCGUCCUCCCGUAUCCCUGUGUAUCAGAUGCCCUCCCGUCCUCCCGUAUCCCUGUAGUGUCAGACCGAGAUGAGGGCAGGUCACAUGUCUCUAGUUACUCUGCAGAUGUUGUGUGUCACUGACAGAAAUGAUCAGGGAAAAAAUAUAUAUAUUUGUGGAUUUGACUUUUGAGAAUUUUCUUGAGACAGGAUGCCGUCUCCGCUCUGUCUGAGAGGGACACACUGUUCUACUGUCUAAAUGUGUAUAAUACAAAAGACAUGUUCGAUUGACCAUUUACUGACCUCUUGUGGCAGAAGUUCCAAAUCACAGCUGUACACUUCAAACGACUGAAUCAUGUUUCCCGGACUUGAGGAGAACACAACUCUUCCUUUGUCCUCAGUGCUUGCCUUUUUUGUAAAUACAGUUGUAAUGUUUCUAAUAUAUUUGUUUGAUUGACACAGAAGAAGCCACUGGCACUUAAAAAUAAUAUGAUUAAUUUAGAGACUUGUCCUGAAAUGUAAAUAUUUUUUUUAAGUUAAAAAUGAACUUGGGGACUCAGUUUUGACCAAUCAGAGCAGAGCUGUGAAACCUCUGCUCCAUCUGACCCUCUGAUCCUCUCUUCUUCUGACCCUCUUCUUCUCCUCUGAUCCUCUCCUGCUCCUCUGAUCCUCUCCUGCUCCUCUGACCCUCGUUUUUGCCUCCUCUUCAUCCUCUGACCCUCUUGUCUGCCCCCUCUUCAUCCUCUGACCCUCUUCUCUGCUCCUCUGACCCCCUUUUCUACCCCCUCUUCAUCCUCUGAUCAUCUUAACUGCUCCUCUGACCGUCUCUCCUGCUCCUCUAACCCACUUCGCUGCCUCCUCUUCAUCCUCUGACCCUCUCCUCUACUCUUCUGACCCUCUCCUCUGCUCCAUCUGACCCUCUGCUCCUCUGACCCUCGCUUCUGCUCCUCUGACCCUCUUCUCUCCCCCCUCUUCAUCCUCUGACCCUCGCUUCUACUCCUCUGACCCUCUUCUUUGCUCCUCUGACCCUCUCUCCUGCUCCUCUGACCGUCCUCUCUACCUCCUCUUCAUCCUCUGACCCUCUCCUCUACUCCUACCACUAUCUUCCCUGACCCUCUGCUCCAUCUGACCCUCUUCUUUGCUCCUCUGACCCUCGUUUUUACCUCCUCUUCAUCCUCUGAUCCUCCUUUGUUCCUCUGCAUCACUUUUCCCAUUGUUGUUGUUUUUUUUUUUUAGAACAUAAUUAUUUAACAUCUGUAAAUAUCCACAUGUACAUAAAAUAAUUGUGACUUUUUAUUUCUUCGGGCAGAAAUGCAAAAGAAUAAUGUAAAAUAUAUAAUAAUAAUAUCAAAUCGGAGGCACUGUACAGAAAUGCUUUGUGUUUUCCCGUUUGUGUUUUAAGUUACUGCCUUGUUAAAAAUGGUCACUAAGUCCAUUCUUCCUGCUUUGAUUUUGAAGGCUCUUGUCUGGACACUGUAGACUCUUAUUUUGAAGGCCAUUCUGUUGUGAUGUUCUUAAAGGGCCAGUCCACUCGGCUUACGCGACCAUCCCUAUGCACAAGAAGAUACAAUUCCAAUGUCCUGCAUUAACUCCUCAGACAAUAGAUUAUUUUUAUGUAAAACCACAACGUUAUAGAUUCCCCCUGGUUUAAACGGGGCUGGAGACGGGUCAGAAUCCUGCAGACUUGUUGACCUAGUUUAUGUUUAAUAUGUCUGUAGUCCUGGUUAGGCAUGGUACAAUAUUCAAAUUUUGUAUUGUGAUUAUCGUGGUUAAAAUAAUUGCCAGUUUAAGUUUAAAAAUGUUAUGCAUAUGAUUAAUUAUACUUUAAUAUUAUGAAUUAUUAUGAAAGUAAAAUUUUUUAAACGCUGUUAUAGAAUUGUGCUUUGUUAUGAGAGAAAACAACAAUAAUCUAGAAGAAAACAUCAAGCAUAAGCAGCUUUGGUAACACUUUAUAAUAACUACACCUUUCUGAGCAUUAAUAAUGCAUGAACAAACAGUGUUACAGAUUACAGAUUACAUACCCCAAAAUGUACUUUGUAAUGUAAUCCAAUAAAUUAAAGUGAGUAACGUAAUGAAUACUUUGGAUUACAUGAUUUGCUGUAGAGAAGCAAAGACUCGUAAAUCUUCACAUAAGAUGUUUUGUCUGUUAAAAGAAAAUAAAAAAGUCCAGACUUUACUGAACCGUAUUAAAAAUAUUACUGAUAGAAGAGGAGGAGACACGUCCACACAGCAGGAUUUAGUCCUGUUAAAUCCUGUUUAAGACUUGGUUUAGACCUGGAUUUAGUCCUAGUUUAGUCCUGGUUUAGUCUUGGUUUAGACCUGGUUUAGUCCUGGUUUAGUCCUGGUUUUAGACCUGGUUUAGACCUGGUUUAGUCCUGGUUUAGUCCUGGUUUAGUCCUGGUUUAGUCCUGGUUUUAGACCUGGUUUAGUCCUGGUUUAGUCCUGGUUUUAGACCUGGUUUUAGUCCUGGUUUUAGUCCUGCUUUAGUCCUGGUUUAGACCAGGUUUAGAACUGGUUUAGAACUGGUUUGGACUUGGGUUUAGAUCUGGUUUAGAGUCCGGCAAAAACAAAAAAAAAACAAAAACAGAAUAGCCCAAAAUGUGAAAACAGGAAAAUACCACUGUGUAAUCCAUUUAUUUCAACCAAGUAACUGUAAUCCAAUUACCACUCACUGAAACUGUAACUGUAACUGAAUACAGUUACUCAUAAUUUGUACUCUGAUUACGUAACUCCAGUACAUGUAAUCUGUUACUCCCCAACACUGUGAACAAAGACUUAAUUAAUAAUGAAUAAAGAUUUAAUUAAUAAUGAUUCAUGCUUAGUAAAUGCUUAAUAAAUCAUAAUUCAUCUUCACUUUAGAAAAGCUCACAGAAAGACUUAACUAAGAGAUAACAGCUGCCUGAAUGAUCAUUGCAUUGUAUUAUUAGUAAAUCAUUCUCUCAUAGUUUACUAAUGAUUAAUAAUUGCACAAAUGGUUAGUUCAUGAAUAAUUAAUUAUGAAAUAAUUAUGAGUAACUAUUUACAGCACAGGCAAAUUAAGUGCAAGUGCUAAUUCAGGUGGUAAUUAAGUAGUUACUAAGCGUGACUCAUUAUUAAUUAAGUCUUUGUUCAUGCUUUAUUAAGGCUAAAUAAAGUGUAGUUAUUAUAAAGUGUUACCAUAUCUUUUUUCAGCACAUUCUGGUGAUAAAAUGGCGAUUAUUUUUUUUAUUAUAUCAAAUGCCCCACAAACGACUGUUGCCUACCCUUUUUAUCACGAUAAACAAUAUUAUUGUUUAUUGGCCCAUCUUUAGUCCUGGAUUACUUUAUAACCAGGUACCACGCAUAGACUGUAUAUAUAAAUGGACUCCAUUCGGCUCCAUCGACUCUGGCUCCAAUUCACUUUCUACUGAAAAACCAUUGCCCCUUUCUUUUAACUGCUGCUGUCAGGCCCCUCAUUUUGGUUUUAAAAUGUUCAUAUUAUCUCACUUAACCCAUUUUUAGUUCACUGUUUUGUCUGUUAAUCCAGAAAGGAUUACAAAUAUAAACUCGGCUCCAAAUUCUUUCAUGAAACUGUAAACCACUAGUUCACUUCUUCAGUCUAUGGUACUAUCUGAACUAGACCAAGACUAAAUCAGGACUAAAGUCUAAGUCUAAAACUGGACUUGAACUGAGGGGUGAAAACCAGGUCUAACCCAAAUGUGGACUCAAUUAAAAUCACACGUAAACAAAUCCCAAAUACACGGACAGAAAAUAUUGAAAACCACUGAUUUCUGACAUCAUGACAAACCUUUGAUUUUUGUACAUUUGUUCCAUUUGCACUUCUCUUUUUCCACUUUUAUAAACUUUGUGUAAAUAAAAAAGAAAUUUGUCAAAAUAA